AUGGUCAGACAAAGCUUUUCCAUAGACUUUAUUCUAACGGGGAGUAAAGAGGAGACACUGCCUGGGAAAGAGGCCUCAAGACCCCACAUCCCUUGUGUUCCACAGCCGCAGCCUCCAAGCAAGUACUCUGAAAGGCCCAACCAACUCAAAAGGAGAGAUCCACCAGAACCUUCUGAGGAUACCAAGAACCUUUCAGAAGAACAGGAGAAUUGUCUACAAUAUGUUGUGUCCUCUACUACCACUUCACCUAAAGGUUGGGAGAGCGCAGAUGACUCUACCACCAGUUGUUCUGAAGAUGAGAGUGAGCAGGCCCGUUCUCACAGUCCGGAGAGUGGCCUCCAAGAAGAUAUAGACCAUGGGGGCACCAGUCCAAAAAGUGACAUGCAACGCAGAAUGAGAACAGCCUUUACGUCGCAGCAGAUCUGCAAGCUGGAGGAAAUGUUCAAGAAGCAAAGAUACCUGGGAGCAUCUGAGAGGAAGAAGUUAGCAAGUUCCCUACAACUGUCUGAAAUACAGGUCAAGACUUGGUUUCAAAAUCGAAGGAUGAAACUCAAGAGACAAAUGCAAGACCACCAACAUCGGCUGACCACCUCUUCUGUGUGCUACACUCACCCCCUCCCCUACUAUCCUGGACCUCCAGUAUCUGUUAAUAACUUGCCUUACUAUCAAACCCAGACCCAUUCAUAUCAAGGCCCGGAGCCCACGUACACCACCGACCCAAGAUUCCUGUCCCCACCAGUACCGCACCAGGCCAUUAUGAACGGUGCUCAUCCAGAACAAUACAGUCCUUUUUUUAAUUCUCGCUACAUGUAGUUCAACAAUGGGACUUUUGGGAUUUCACAAAUAUUUUUUGCUGCUUUUUUGUGUUUGUUCGCCUAUUUUUGUAAGAUUUUUUGUGUUUGUCUGUUUGUUUUUGUGAUAAUUUAAAUGAUAUUCCAGUCUAUGAACUAUUUUGUGAA